CCUCCACCUACUUUACUCGACUAACUUAACCUCCACCUUCUACCCUCCACCCAUUUCCACCCGCCGAGUUUCAUUUGCGUUUCUGUUGCUGCCGGUCGCCUGUGAUGCCUUGAGUCUUCUUCCUGCUAAACUCAUCGUAUUAAUUCUUCCCUUUCUCUUCGUUCAUUUUAUGCCCCAUUCCUCAAUUCCGUCCCUUCCCUUCGCGCUCCCUUUCAUAUGAACUGAAUGUUGGUUGCCUCCCGGCCCUUGCAGUCCUAAUCCAGUCGCUCUGCCACCAUGCCCAAGAAUCGACCCGCAACUUCGGGGUAUGCCCGCUUGGCGCAGGAAGAAGAAGACCGAGCCCACGAUCCAUAUGAUUACUCAGACGAUGACGACCUACAACACGACUCCCAUACCAUCUCCCAAUCCGCACCACGAUAUGCACCGAUCUCCGCACGAACCGGCCUGGCCUCGCCCCCCGAACCGCGACGGAGGCUGAGUGGACAGUAUCACCGACGGGGACGGAGGAACUCCGGGGUGGACAUCAAAGCCAUCAAUGCGCGCCUCGAACGGUGGGCCGAAGAAUUCGCUUCGAAAUUCAAGAUCAAUCGAGUCAAGGGAAAGACACUCGAGGAGGAGAAGCUAGAGAUCUAUCACUCAGUCUUCCAGGCGCCCGAUGGGGUCCGACCUGUCACCGCGGAGGUUCUCGAGUCAGACGAGGUCGAAGGUGCUGCGCGGAGAGCUCGAGAAGAGUUCGAAGAGGUGGUGGAGAGUGUCCGGAUCGCCAUCGAGAUGGGGGUCCAUCCCCGAAUGAUCUCCCAGGGCAGUUCGGGUAGUUAUUUCGCGCGGAACAGCGAAGGUAAGGUGGUGGGAGUCUUCAAGCCCAAGGAUGAAGAACCGUAUGCAUCUCGCAACCCGAAGUGGACCAAAUGGAUUCACCGCAACCUGUUCCCAUGCUUCUUCGGCCGAGCUUGUCUCAUUCCCAACCUGUCCUAUGUCUCCGAAGCGGCAGCAUAUGUUCUCGACUCUCGACUGCAAACCAAUCUCGUUCCCUAUACCGAUAUUGUCUGGCUGUCCUCGAAGUCCUUCUUCUACGACUUUUGGGAUCGCAGAAAAGCUUGGAUGGGCAAGAAGUCCCUUCCGCCCAAGGCCGGUAGUUUCCAGGUCUUCCUCAAAGGCUACAAGGAUGCCAAUCUCUUUCUGCGCGACCAUCCUUGGCCCGAUCAAGCCAAUACUGGAUUUAGAGCAGAAGAUGCUCCCAAGCGAAAGAAGCGUCCGUGGAAUGAAGCAUGCCGCCCUUCUGGAAUACACUCGGACGAUGAAGACGAAGAAGCGUACCACGACGGUCAGACGCAGACUCCAUCACCGCGUGAGGAAAGCAGAGAGCGGCGUUUCUACUGGACGGAAAGCCUGAAGCAGUCGUUUAGGGAAGAGCUGGAGAAGCUCGUGAUUCUGGACUACAUCAUGCGCAACACGGACCGAGGGCUAGACAAUUGGAUGAUCAAGAUCGAUUGGAAGACCGAGGAAGUCUCCAUUGUCGCUGAUCCGCCGAAACCCAACGGCGCGCAGCAGCAGCGGCAAGAAAAUGACGACGAUGACCUGCCCCCUGCGCGCCCGGUAGCAGUCAGUUCUGACGGAGCGACAACUGCGCCUCACCCCUACCGGAGACACGAGUCCAUGCUUGCCGUGAGUCGCACAGGGACUCCCUUGAACGCAACCGAACCUUAUGCAACCAUCCAAAUUGGUGCCAUCGAUAACAGUCUUUCGUGGCCAUGGAAACAUCCCGAUGCGUGGCGGAGUUUUCCAUUCGGCUGGUUGUUUCUGCCCGUAUCUUUGAUCGGUCAACCCUUUUCGCAGAAGACUCGCGACCAUUUCCUACCGCUUCUAACCUCUACUGCCUGGUGGAGCGGCACACAGAUGGCUUUGCGCCGUGUGUUCUCGCAGGAUGAUGAUUUCAAGGAGAGCAUGUUUGCGAGACAGAUUGCAGUCAUGAAAGGCCAGGCGUGGAAUGUGGUGGAGACACUGAAGCAUCCCGACCAUGGCCCACUUGAAUUGACGAGAAGAACGCGCGUCUGUGUCUGGGAUGAUCUUGUGGAUGUGCCGGUUGCUAUCCCCCUCCGCGGCCCCUCCACGGAGGCUCAGAGACGCAAAGUGAAGAGCUACGAAAAUUACGACAAACAUAGCACGUAUGAUCCCGAUAACGAGGAAAUGGAUAUUGGUGCCUCGAUGUCCUUGGGGACAGGCCCCGAGGUCGAUCUACUCGGACUCGGUUCCCCUCCGAACGAAUUGCCAAACCCCAACCGGUUUGAACUGUCCAGAGGCCGCGGUUCCGCGUCCGGCCGUGGCCGGGCACUUUCGGGUAGCCCAGUCACUAUGGACGACAGGUAUGGCCGCGACAGUAUUGACGAGCUGAGUCAUGGUAGGGACUUGGAACGCAGUUGGGCCACGCUCCCUCCUCGGCCAAGCCACCGACACCAGAAACACAGCUCCGUCUCCAGUAGUCGCGGCCAAGCGCACCUGCUCUGGAGCAGCGACGAUCUCGAAGGGGAUCUCGGAUAUGCAGCUGCGGAGGGGAUGGAAGGCAACCAACGUAAAGUGAUUGUCGAGCGGCUCGAGGCCGUCAAAAGAUCCUCGACGAACCAACCAGACUCUUCCUCCACACCCGCCGCGCAGCGCAGUCCUGCCUCUUCCGUGGCGCCGGCGGGUACCGCCUCGGCCGCACAUCUGCUCCUCAACAGCCCGCGCCGGCGCCAGCAGAGAGGCGGCGCCUCGAGAAUGAACUCCCUCCCGAACUCGAAUAUGACAUCACGAUCCGGGACGCGAAUCCCUUCGCUGGCGGGGGAUGCGGUGAGCGCUCCGUCGCAGGGAAAUCAGGCUGCGCCUACGAUCGAUGUGGAGUUUGCGAGUGCGAGCUCGGACUUCGAAGGCGACGAUCGCACGAGCAUCAAACGCAGCUCUGAGCACCUCGACGAUGACGGCCCCGAUGCGCGUCACGGGAGUCUCAUCGAGAAUAUGUACGGGGUGGAGAGACGUGCGAGCCAGCCGAUCAAGAGGGUGAAGGUAGAGAGGGAUCAAGAAAUGAAGGCGGGACAAAAUACAAACUUCUCCGGGACUGGAAACUCAGAACUGGGUGGAUGGAUGAAGGAAGGGCGGGAUCAGGCGGACUCGUCCUCGUCCACCGCGAAUGUCGUGGACUUGACUACAGAUGUCUCAGCUGCAGCCACCGACGACGAUGAGAUACAGAGGGUAUGCUACGGAAAGAUUGAGGGGGCGACGGUGCAAGCGCAGUUGGUCCCGAAGCCUUCGACCCAUUCUCUUUUCGGAGACUCAACGCACGACUGGCCGUCAAUGAAACUCGGGGUGCAUCGACAAACGCGCGAGAACAACCGUAUUGAAGUUUCUGAUCCAAAUGGGAAGAUCUUCGGCGUGAUCGAUGCCAGAACAGCAGCCGUUAUUGCCCCGUUACUGGAUUCGCCGGCCGUGAAGGUGGACCUGACUGCGCGGCUGGAUUUUCGACGCAGGAAGGAAGGUGAAUGGCCAUGGGUACCCUGUUCCGAGACUUACCGGGCGUCUAUCAAUCUAUACGGCCUCAGGAAAGAUGCUACGCUGGUCGGCAAGCACCUCGUUGCGGUGGAACAGGGUGUGCCGACACUCAAUCCACACGCUGAGAUGCGGAAGGCUCAGGCUGCGUUUUUGCCGUCCGUGGCCGCCAGGGGUCGCGUAGGGGUCAACUAUGAGGUGCGAACCGCUGAAGAAGUCAACGACGCGGUGAUGAAAAUGUUCGACCAGCUCCAGAGCAACGACAACUUGCCUGAAAUGGAGCCUCCAUCUGGGCUGCGCACGCCUUUGCUUCGCCAUCAGAAGCAGGCACUCUGGUUCAUGACUGAAAAGGAAAAGCCGCGCAGAUUCGGUCCCAACGAAGCAGACAACAAUUCGCUGUGGCGAAGGGAUUACCGGUCUGGCGGCAGGAGGAAAUACCGCGAGAUCAUCAGUGGCACGGUGCUCGACGAGGAGCCCCCGCAAAGUCUGGGUGGACUGUUGGCAGAUAUGAUGGGUCUUGGCAAGACGUUGAGUAUUCUCUCGCUGGUUGUGACUUCAUUGGAAGAGUCUAGCGAAUGGGCGAAGCAAGUUCCAGACCCCGCGUUGGUCAAAAGCCUCCCUGGCAUCCGCAACACUAAGACUACGCUGCUGGUGGCGCCCCUCAGCGCGGUCAACAACUGGGUGGCGCAGAUCAAAGAGCAUCUUGAAGAGGACGCAGUCUCAUACUACGUCUUCCAUGGCUCGUCUCGGACCAACGAUGUCGAAGAGCUGUCCAAGUAUGAUCUAGUCAUCACGACGUACAGCAUCGUCCUCAGCGAAUUAUCGGGGAGGGGAGCGAAACGGGGGGUGAGUCCGUUGACCAAGAUGAACAUGUUCCGUAUUGUUCUGGACGAAGCCCAUACCAUCCGCGAGCAGAGCGCAGCCCAGACUCAGGCCAUCCUCAGGCUGAAUUCGCAGCGUCGCUGGUCUGUGACCGGCACACCCAUACAAAACCGCCUGGAGGAUCUGCUCUCCGUGACGAAGUUCCUCGGGCUAUACCCGUACGACGACCGGGGUCGCUUUGGCAUGCACAUCCUGAGUCGCUUCAAGACCGGCGAUGCGACCGUGCUAGCCAGUUUGCGCGUGCUUGUGGAUUCGUUCACGCUGCGUCGAGUCAAGGACAAGAUCGAUCUGCCCCCGCGACAGGAUAUGAUCGUCAUGCUGAACUUUACCGAGAAGGAACGUCAGCUCCACGAGUUCUUCCGGCGGGAGUCGAACGUGAUGAUGCGGGUGAUUGCCGGCGAAGAGAAAUCGAAGAUGAAAGGGCGAAUGUACCACCACAUCCUGAAGGCCAUGAUGAUCCUGCGCCAAGUUAGCGCCCACGGCAAGGAGCUUUUGGACCCGGACGACCGCAAGCGGAUCAAGGGACUGAGCGUGCAGGAUGCGAUUGACCUGGAAGAAGGAGCGGGCGGCGACAGCAGCGGCGCGACUGACAAGAAGUCCUACGAGAUGUUCACGCUCAUGCAGGAGUCCUCGGCCGACACCUGUGCCACGUGCGGCAAGCGGCUCGAGGAACCCAGCGCUGACAACGGGGCGGUCGACCGCCAAGCGGCCGUGGCCAUUGUGCUUCCCUGCUUCGACGUGCUCUGCCCGGACUGCUUCUCCGGGUGGACCCAGGCGUUCGAGCAAGCGCAGAUGAGCCACUCCCCGAACCUCCGGUGCCAGGUCUGCGACGGCUGGAUCCCGGCCUCGUACUCCGUCAUCACUGUGGGCGGGCUCCAGGACUACGUGGUGGACCAGGCGCGGGCGAAACAGAGCCGCAAGCACGUGAAGCAGCUGGGCGAGUACGAAGGACCGCACACCAAGACCAACGCGCUGGUCGCGCAGCUGCUCGCCACGGCGGAGGAGAGCCAGAGUCAGGGGGAGCAGCGGCCGUACAAGAGCGUGGUGUUCUCGGCGUGGACGUCGCACCUGGACCUGAUCGAGAUUGCGCUGCGCGACAACGGGCUGACGGGGUUCACGCGCCUGGACGGGACGAUGACGCUGGCGGCGCGCAACAAGGCGCUCGAGGAGUUCCAGCACAACGACGCGAUCACCGUGCUGCUGGCGACGAUCGGGGCCGGCGGCGUGGGGCUGAAUCUGACGUCCGCGUCAAAGGUCUACAUCAUGGAGCCGCAGUACAACCCGGCGGCGGUGGCGCAGGCCGUCGACCGCGUGCACCGCAUCGGCCAGACGCGGCCGGUGACGACGGUGCAGUUCCUCAUGGUGGACAGCAUCGAGGAGAAGAUCUUCGAGCUGGCCAAGAAGAAGCAGCAGUUGGCGGAUCUGAGCAUGAACCGGGGCAAGUUGGACAAGCGGGAGGUGCAGGAGCAGCGGAUGCGCGAAUACCGGAGUUUAUUCAAGUGA